CAACAAACAAACAACCACUUCCGGGUUCCACUCUUAACUGGAGAGGUUUGGAGAUGAAUCUAAUGAGUCUAAAGAAAGCUUAAUAUUUAUACAGAACCGCGUUUCCCCGCUGAAGGGGAUACAUAUCUACAUCUAGAAGCUCUGUUGAACACUGUGUUUGUGGUGUGAAGCUGCUGUUUCGUGUGUUUAGUGAGUUCAUCGUGUUAACGUGUUAGCUGUUAGCUGAACAUGUCUGCUGCUGCGGAGGAAGCAGACAAAACCACUGACGCGAGCGCUGGAGACGAGGAGGAGGAAUGGCUGUAUGGAGAUGAGUCUGAGAGCAAAGAUGAGGACGAGGAAGCCAAACUGAAUGCUGCAGUCAGUGCACCCGCUGAUGCCUCAACAGAGGAUGGAGCUGCACACGCUACAGGAAAUGGAGUGGCCUCUGAGGCGACGGGUGAUGGUGAAGGUGCAGGUGCUGAGGAUGUCGACAGUGACAGCGACAGUGAUGAUGACGAUGAUGAUGUCCGCGUCACCAUUGGAGACAUUAAAACUGGAGCACCACAGUACACAAAUUAUGGAGCUCCACCUGUCAAUCUCAACAUAAAGACAACAGGCUCCAGACCUUAUGGAGCCUCCAAGAUGAAGGGAGUGGAUCUGGAGGCUCCUGGAAGCAUUAACGGGGUUCCAGUGCUGGAGGCAGAAAUGGAGUCCUUCGAAGAGAAACCCUGGAGGAAACCAGGAGCGGAUCUGUCAGACUACUUUAAUUACGGCUUCAAUGAAGACACAUGGAAGGCUUACUGUGAAAAACAGAAGAGACUGCGUAUGGGCAUGGAGGUCUCUACUGUCAGCUCCAUCACGAGCAAGAUCACUGUUCAGCAAGGCAGGACGGGCAAUGACAAGGAUAUAUCCGUUUUACCUGUUCACACCUCCAAGCCAGACUUCUCAUCUCCUAUCAACAUGUACAAACCCGCUGUCAAUCAGGUCCCCAGGAUCUCUCCCCCACAGUGGCCUGGCCCGCCUCCUCCGGACAUGUCCUAUUAUACGAAGACGAGUGGUACUAUAGAUGUGAUUGGCGGAGGGACGGCCACCAUCAGCAGGGUUGAAGGGCGACGCAGACACAAUCUCGAAGGCAACAAUAUCCAGGUGAUCUCUGAACAGACAGACGCUGAGCCGACUCCAGCUAAGAUUCCCACCUUCUUCCCCCCUGGACCGCUUCCUCCAAACAUACCCCCGCCUCCUUUCCUCCCUCCACCACCCAACGUCAACACUGCACCCCCACUCAUCCCCCCACCCAGGUUACCCAUUACUGUCCCUCCUCCUGGUUUUCCUCCUCCACCUAGCGGGCCCCCUCCUGCUAUCAUCCCCACUAUGGACAGUGGCCACCCUGGAGGUUAUGAUGGACGCUCUGUCCCUCCCUAUCCGUUCCCUCAAGGUGCAUACCCUCCACCCAUGGCUGGAGGUGUACCUCCUCCUUGGCCCCCCAUGAUGGACAACUCUAAACCCUGGGACUACUAUUCCCGCCGAGACGACAAGAGAGAGAAGGAAAGAGAACAACGACCCAGAGAGAGGACACAUGAGCGGGAAAGAGAGAGGGAGCACAGCCCUUCAGCUAUGGGCUACACCAGCGAAGAGGAGCGGUAUCGUUACCGCGAGUACCAGGAGCAGCGUGGUGGUUAUGGGGGGGAGCGACAUCGUGAGCGGUCGAGCCGAGAGAAAGAGGAAAGACACAGAGAGAGACGGCACCGAGAGAAAGAGGAAGGACGCCACAAGUCCUCUCGCAGCAGCAGUAGCAGGAGGAGGCACGACAGCGAGGAGGGCGACAGCCACCGGAGGCACAAACACAAGAAGAGCAAGAGGAGCAAGGAGGGCAAAGAGGCCAGCGAGGAGAUCAGCGCAGACCAAGAGAACCAGGAGGCCAUGGAGUAGUGUCUGUCUGUCUGUCUGUCUCUGGUCCUGUCUGUCCCUCCGUGUCUCCCACCAAGAUGAGAAAGAAGGAAAGGGAGAAGAUGAGCACAGACCAACAAAACCAGGAAGUCACCGAGUGAUCGAUGUGUCCUGUCACUCCCCUCUCCAUCAAUCUCAGUUCUCCUCACCAUCACUUCAGGCAGAGAAUGGAUGGAGCAGAGGAGGUGGUAAAGGAGGGAUGGUCGUCCUCUUUACUUCAUCUGUCUUUCCAUCACUAGCUGACAUCAGACAGGGCAUCAAUCUGUCUUCAUCCCCCUCCCUCUCUCCUCCGCUACCCAACCCUCCUCUCAGAGCACUGCUGUAACAAUUAGGUCGUGCUCAGAGAUUUCUGAUUGUAUAGUCAGGACGAUCAGCAGGUUUAGCUCUUUAUUUUCUGUCAUUUGUUUGUUUGUUCUUGUCCUGUAUGAUGACAUCUAUAGACAGCUGUCAGUUUGUUGAGUUCAAUUAAAAAAAACACUUUUGAUAAGA